AAACAUUACACAACGAGAUGCAGAAUCCAUGGUAUAAACUAAUUUAGCCAUAUACAAGCGCAGAAACACCAAAAAUGAGUUUUCUUGUAAAAAUGUGUGAGCUUUCUCUUUAACACAUUCUCAUGAUGGACAUCUGCACAAUGAGUGGUUAGGCAGGCUCGCGGGCAUAUGUGCGCGAGUCCUGCGGGAGCCCCGAACGCCUUCCCUGCUAGUGCUUAUGAGUUGAUUCGUGUUUUCUGAUGCUAGGCUCUCACUUAUCUCGACCUGGCAUAGCGUGCGCGGAUGAAAACCCCGACCGCUACAGACAAUGAAAGCCGCGGACGGAAGUAGUUGCUAGAAGUGUGUUGUAUAAAUACUGUCAAAGAGAAACACAAUUUUUCAACUAGGUAUCUAUUUCAGUCGCUAAUUAAUUAACUUGACACUUGUUGCUUUUGAUUUCCUGUCUUUCAACGUGCCAUUUCUUGCGUGACUUUUUUGACUAGCGAAUGUCGGAAAUUGCUAAUGUUAGCCAGUAAGCUUAUUUUUCCAUUCUUCCUGGUGGCGAGCGACAAAAUUAUUAUGUGAAGUCAAUAAGUUCACCAUCUUUCUAUUUAAAAAGGUUUUUUUGUGUGUUUUUUGUACUAUGUCGUUAGAUACGGCAGCUUGUUAACUUUGACAGAUAUGGCUCCAGCAUCUGGCUCUUAAGUGUAAUGACACAGCGGAGGGGGAUAACGUUGUUGGACUUCGCUAGUUUUACCGCCUGGCAGCGAAAACGUAUUUUCAAUCAAACACCAAGCUAGUCGGUCUACAAGCCAGCUAGUCACUCUGGAAGAUCUGAUUUUACGCGACCCUAUGCUGCACAGACACGAUGGCAGACAGCGCUCGAGCCAAGCAAGAGAAUUCCAUAACGGAAAGCCCACACGCGAGUCCCCUGUCCGGGAGAAAAAGGGCACAACAGUCCCCUGGCUCUCGCUCAAGAUACAGUGUUAGCGCACCCGGACAUUGUUUUAGGAAAGUGACUCUUACGAAACCUACGUUUUGCCACAACUGCAGUGAUUUUAUAUGGGGUAUUAUCGGAUUCAUUUGCGAAGUAUGCAACUUCAUGUGCCAUGAGAAAUGCCUGAAGACUGUCAGGACUGUGUGUUCAUGCAUGGCCCCGACUCUGGUGCGGGUCCCGGUGGCACAUUGCUUUGGUCCAGCAGGGCCCAAAAAGAAAUUCUGCUGUGUGUGUCGAAAACACCUGGAGGGAAACGCGUCAGUUCGCUGUGAAGUUUGUGAGCUACAUGCCCACUCGGACUGUGCCAUGUUCACCUGUGGGGACUGCCGCGUCUGCCACCAGGAUGGCAAUCAGGACAUUGACAAGUUUCUACACCACUGGCGGGAGGGGAACAUCCCCCCCGGGUCACGCUGUGAGGUGUGUCGACACACCUGUGGAUCCUCAGAUGUCCUGGUUGGAAUGCGGUGCGAGUGGUGUGGCGUUACCACACACGCAGCGUGUUAUGUGGCCGUGUCCCCAGAAUGCGCUCUGGGACGCCUCCGGAACAUGCUUCUUCCCCCCAUGUGUGUGCGAGUUUGUUCGCGGAACUUCAGCAAGAUGCAUUGUUACCGCAUCUCUGAGCGCUGUCAGAACGAGCUGGAUAACUCGGACGAAGUUGACGCCCAGAUUCCAGCUCCCGUUAAGGAGGGCCAGCUAGCUACGACGCCUGAUUCAGGGAAGCAGGUUCUCAAGGUGUUUGAUGGGGACGAUGCAGUCAAGCGCAACAACUUCCGUUUGGUCUCCAUUCCUCGAUUAACCAAGAAGGAAGAAGUGGUGCAGGAGUCAGCAUUGAGAGCCUUCUACAUUCCCGACGACCCGAUGGACUUUGAGCUGCAAUGCAACGGCCAGCCGUGUCUACGCAGCGAGGAUAUCCUCAAUCGAAAUGGCAGCCUCAAUGAAAAGGCAGUCUUUAAAGAGAACGUGUCAGAGGUGUGGCUCUUAAGGUCCAAACCCCAGGACACGGAGGUCCUGAAGAUAUACUCUGGUUGGCUCAAGGUUACCGCGCCUUUCGUAUUGAUCUCCGUCUCCAGGAACAGCACAGUGGAUUCUGUCAUUAAGGAGGUCCUGAGUCAACUGGGAAGGAAGGAUGACGAACCGUCUGGCUUCAACCUGAUGGAGGUGUUCAUGGGCAGCAAGCAAAUUCAGAGGCAGGUUCUGACAGGCCAGGAGCUGCUAUUGGACAAACUGCAGGAGAUAAGGAAGAUCUCCCUGAGGCAGAUGAACCAGACCCGUUUCUACGUCGUGGAGAGCAGGAACCGGGCUGUGCAGGUCAACCUCCUCCUGGAAGGACUUCCUGUCCAACAGACCAAGGAGGAAUAUGUCGACCUGUUACAGGAGCACUUGGCUAUCAAGAGUCACGUGGUCACAAUUUCACAUGUUUACGGGAGCCAAGGUGCUGUAGCAUUGGAGAUCUCAUGUUUCUCAGAGGCUGAGAGGAUCUACAUGUUGGCCAAAGACACGUCUGUGAACAACAAGCAGCUUGUGUCCCUCAUCAUACCAGAGAUCAUGCACAAGAAGUUCCCCAAAUGUGGUUCCCCCCUGCUGGUGUUUGUCAACCCCAAGAGCGGUGGACUGAAGGGACUGGAGCUCCUCCACAGCUUCCGGAAGCUUCUGAACCCCCACCAAGUGUUUGACAUGAGCAACGGGGGGCCGUUGCCUGGACUCCACAUGUUCAGGGAUGUGCUUCACUUCCGGGUGCUGGUCUGUGGAGGAGAUGGAACAGUGGGCUGGGUCCUGGGGGUCCUGGAGGCCAUCAGACACAAACUGGCAUGUCCCGAGCCGCCCAUCGGCAUUGUCCCCCUGGGCACCGGUAAUGAUUUGUCUCGGGUCCUGCGCUGGGGGGCAGGCUACAGUGGGGAGGACCCCCAUCACAUCCUGCUGUCUGUGGAGGAGGCCGAGGAGGUGCAGAUGGACCGCUGGACCAUACUCCUGGACGCACAGGAGAUCACCGAAGACGGCAAGGAGAACUGCCUGGAACCACCUAAGAUAGUGCAGAUGAACAACUAUUUCGGCCUGGGCAUCGAUGCCGAGCUGAGCCUGGACUUCCACCAUGCUCGUGAAGAGGAACCGGGGAAGUUUAACAGCAGGUUCCACAACAAGGGUGUGUACCUAAAGGCGGGCCUGCAGAAGCUGAGUCACACUCGCAACCUCCACAGGGACCUCAAACUGCAGGUGGACAAACAGGACGUGGAACUGCCAAGCAUAGAAGGCCUGAUCUUCCUAAACAUCCCCAGCUGGGGCUCGGGCGCCGACCUGUGGGGAUCGGAAGGUGACUCCCGUUUCGAGAAACCCCGCAUGGAUGACGGCCUGCUGGAGGUGGUUGGGGUGACUGGGGUGGUGCACAUGGGUCAGGUGCAGAGCGGAAUGCGUUCUGGGAUACGCCUUGCCCAAGGCAACUACGUGCGCAUCACCGCGACCAAGCCCCUCCCAGUUCAGGUGGACGGUGAGCCUUGGAUCCAAGCCCCUGGACACAUGGUCAUAUCUGCUGCAGGUCCAAAGAUGCGAAUGCUGAGGAAGUCCAAACACAAGCAGAAGAAGCCGUCCACCAGCUUGAAGGAGGGACGCUCUGAGAGUCCUUCGUCCAGUGACGGGGGACCCUGACGACAUCCGACUCCUAGCGACUUCUCUCCGGUUUCACCCGUGACAGAGCGUGGUGACCUUUGAGCGGCUAGUAGCGUCAGUGGAGGUAGCUAGCUCCUGGAGCGGUACCUUGACAAAAGACGGGAUAUAGCUAGCAUUUAGCAGUCAAUCCCAUUUUAUAUUAGUGUUAAUCAAUCUCACUGUUUGGUUCAUUUGGCCAAGUUUGGAUUGUUUGAAUAUGUUUUGCAGCCCUUCAGAGGUCCUCUAAACCUGGUAUUUGUCAGAGAAAAUUACUCGUUUACAUUAUUGUUAGCUGUACUGGCUGGUUACCACAAGAGUAGCAGUAUAGCAAUUGCUACUUGUAGUUUUCAAUUAAUCCCCAAGAAACAGAAAAUAGUUUCUGAACAAGUUGUUGCUCUGGAAUAUCAAAGUAAAUAACAGACUGUGAAAUAAAGGGACAGUGUUGCUUUGUUGUAGUUCAGACAUCAAGCUGCUUGAAAGUCACUUGUCAAAGACUGGAUUAACAUCUCAAAUAGUCUAGUAAUAAUGUUUAAAAAGGAAAACUCAACCAAUUAGGACUGUAGUAAACAUUGAGGGAAUGAGGUACACUACCAUAUGGGGUACUUUUAACGCAUCCACAUCUGCACUAACUCUGAGCACGCCUUUCAAUGUCAUUCAGUCCAAUGGUUACGGAAUGCUUUUAAUCUUUUUGGGCCAACAGUUUUCAUACCAAUUUCACACCUGCUGGGAAUGGUUGUUAGUCGUACUAGGCUAUGAAUCCGGAGUACGCAUGUAGCUCUUCAGAAAACAGAAAGCCAGAUAUUCCGUUAAAGUGAUGUCCAUAAUCACCCCUCAUGACUCAGUCUCCUGACAGGGGAUCCCUUAGGUGGUAUUGACUUGAACAUGGAACAACAUUUCCAGUUGACGUGAAUCUUACUUAUUGUGCGGCCCUGGUGUUCAGUGUGUCCGAGUGCCCCACCCCCUGUAGUUUCGGACCGACUGAAAGGGAACCAGCCAGAGUCAAUCCUCACGAGUUCAGUGGCCAUUCAGUAACAAUUCUGUGACAUAAGACUCAUUCAGUAUGGAAGGUUUUUCAUUGAACAGUAGUAAUUUUGAGGAGGAGACAUAUUCCAAGUGGGGACUUAUCACAGUAGUCUCAGAAAUAUGCAAAUACACACACAAAUACACAUCCUUAUUUUCAGUAAGAGCAUACUGACUGAAGUCCGUUGUGAAGAACCUCAUAUUUGUGUAUAUAUUCUGUAGCAGUGGAUACUCACAAAUGUAAGGCCUCACAAAUAUAAUCCACAAACAAGUAACAUUGGGAGGUGGGAAAGCUGUUGAAGAAGCUGUGGGUAGAAAUAUUGAAUGGAACCAUGACUUGAACGUUGCACUCAUACGUUGUCUUAGAUUUCUGUUGAUACGCUUAAAAAAUAAAUAAUUGCUGAUAGAAUUAAUGCAGGGAGACCAGUGGCCAAUUCUGAAAUUGCAUUAUUAAUUAGAGGCUUGUAUUGGAUUUCUAUAGUAAUUUGCAAUGUGAUCAUAUUUAAUCUAUGACAGAGAUGGUACGCGUAACCGUUGUCUUGUUGGCAACACUUCGUCUGCAUUCCUGGUGUUGAAUUUACAACAAAUGCAAUUAUGGAAUGACUAAUAGAUGGGUUUUUACCUCCCAGCACGUGAUGUAGCCGGAACCGUUUCUGAUACACAUUUUUGUUGAUCACAGUUGUAAAUAAGUUCACUCCAUUUUGUGACUUGGUGCUAGCGUGUAGCGACACUUUGGAUGAUUUCAUUGCACCUGUGGCCCUGUUAAAUCAAAGCAGUGGGUGUCAUUGUGGAGUCAGAAACUGCAGUCCUUUUUUAAUACAAUUGUGGUUAACAGCCACAAUCCUGCAUGGUUUGAUCCACACAGCCAAUUGGACACAGUGGGAACUUCAUCCUAUUGUUAAUUGGUAAUUAACUUACUGGAUAGGAACCAAAUCGCCUUAGUUUCACCUGUCAAUACAAAAGAUGUACAAGGACUGUAAACCAUUUCAGACCGAGGGGACAGGUGUUGUGAACAGCAACAACAUGUGUAAGGGGGGGAAACCAUCAGUAAACUGUUGUAUCCCCAAUGGUCAGCUGUUAUGAGGUGUUGUCCUUAUUUAUUCCAUUCCCGGCAUAAAUUAUGUAGGUGGAAGUAUUUGGGUGAAUAUGUAUAUUCUUCGGUAUCUGUCUUUGGUGUUGAUGAUAAGCUGUUCUGCUGUUCUCGUUAAGAGACGGUCCUUUAGAAUCGUUGGUGUGAUUUUUGUAGUCACACUAAUUCCAUCCCCACUCCAAAUCAACCCAUCCUAGAGUAUUAGUCUAAAAAAACUCCAGUAGUUUUACCCUUUUAACCCCUCUCAUUUAUCUGAAGUGUCCACACCAAAGGAGCCCUUUUUAUAUAUGUGAGGGGCGAACACACAUGCAUCCAAGCACAGUUUGAUGGCCGUAGAUUUUCACUGUCAAGGUUUUUUACAUGUGUUCACUCUUAAGUGCCAUUUCUGUCAUUUGUAAUUUCAUUUCUACUCCAAUGUAUUCGCACUGAACGGCAUAACUGUGUCGUGUCAACACCCAAGCUACUGAUGUGUUCAGUGUUCUGUGCGUCCAAUUGUAAGUUUACAGCUUCAUGGUCCAUUGUGCCGGUUCCUGGUGUGAUAAACCAUCAGACUGUAGUGAAGUUCUGUGGUGUCCAUUAUUAGACCUCAACUCCACGUAGUGCCUCGUUGAAGUGCUUCUAGGACCUUGGUGGUAUUACUUGUGUCAGAGACAUUUAACAUAAGAUGUAGGCCACUCCUGCUGGAGUAGGAUUUAAUUAUCUUAAUCUAGGCAUUUCUAGACAUUUUUGAGCUAAUGUGCCUCUAGAUGACUUAUGUUGUCAAUUAUGUAUUUUUAUUUCAUUUGUUGUAAUAGGUAUUUAAAAUUUUUACCAAGUCUUAUGGACCUUAAAUGUUAAAAUUAAUAGAUGUAUAUUUUUGCAAGCUGUUUUUAGUUUGAACUGUAAAGUUUGAAAUGUAAAUUGCACUUAAUGUAUUAUUUUACAGAUGCUUUUAGGUGUUUGAUUACUCUAAAUGUUUAAAUAACUAAUUCUAAAGACAUAUGUUCAAAUAACAAAAGAUGUAUCAGAAAAGAUACUGUGUAACAAUUGUCUAGGUAAAUAAAUUCUAGACAUGCGAAA